GAUCGUGCCGACUCGACAUAUAGAACAUGACAUGCAUGAUGGCGACUCGCAAACUCAGUUCAGCUCAGCUCACUGUCUGAGUGAAAGAAAGCGGUUUUAAGUCAUGGUCAACCACAUCUCACGUUGCAUGUGUUGGAAGUGAUGGAACAUCAUGGCUACAGACAUGUAGGGGAUCGUGAAGGCUGAUUGAAAUGUGAUUGAUCUCCGUUUCUAAUACAAAUGUGGAAAAAGUAGUCUAUGCUAUAUUUUGGAAAUGGCUGAUGAAUAUGAUCCAGCAUUUCCCACUGAAGAAACUGAUGUCCAAGAGGAUCUUCAGGGGACUACCACAUCGCCAGAAAGCACUGGUGUCACUAUGGCAGAAAAGAUACCACUGAAAGUUGACCUGAUUUCUCCCACCAAUUCAGUGCUUCCAGUGAAAUCACACUGUGUGACAAGAUCACAAAGUACACUGCGGAGUAGUUUAUCAUCUGAUAGUGACCAGGCCAAGCAAGACACAAAAGAAACUAACCAGGACCUGGGCUCUGUGGCUGAUGCAGACUCCAAACCUGUUUUGGAGAAGGAAAUGGAAGAGUUUGAAAAACUGAUGCAUUUUGAGACUGUAUCUGUGAAAGCAGUUGAUGAAGCAUGUUUGCAGGAUCGCAAGUCUCUGUCUGAUAAUAACCAAUCAAAUGUAAAAACAGUGGAAGGGGCAGGACAUGCAGUUAAUGAGGCACUUAUGGUCUCUGAAUCAGUUCCUGAAGAUGACUUCAAUGAAGUGGUAGCAAGCACUAAUGCGUCUCAUGUGAACAUGGAGAAAAUUCCUAUAUCAGAGGAUGAACCUUCAAAGUGGAAAUCAGAAAGGACUACAAAGAUACAGCGGGACUUGAAUGCAGCACCAACUGAAGUCACACUGAGCUUGGACAUCUCUUCCAUUGAGAAUGAAACAAAAUCAACAUGUGUUGUAAAUAGAAAUGUGACAUCCAAAGCAUCAAACCAUAUGAUGAUUCCCAGGUCAUUAAAACUAAAUAGUACAGACAAACCAUCAAAGGAUACUAAACAACUCCGUACAGUUGUAACAAGGCGGUUUGGUGUGGACAAGGAGUCAUCGCUGGCCAAGAGUUUAUCCAAAGAUAUCAUCAAUCAAGGUAACACAACAAAUGGCAUUGUGCCAGAUAAUGCUCCAUCUUGUGUAAUUCAGCCUAACCUGCAAGAUGUUCAGCUAUCUGCAGACUCAGUCUCUAUAAGAAAAGGGCCAGUCAUAGAAUGGAUGAAGGGAUUUGUCAGAAAAGAUGCCAUGCAUGCAGCCCAUUCAGGAAACGACUUGUGGGACUUUGAUGUAGACAUGAUACAUCUUAACCAAUUUCCUGCAGAGAUUCUUCCUCCAAAUGUUCUGCUGCACUACAACGACAUACCAAAUGCUGAUAAUGGCAAGCAGUCUGACAAUCCAGUUCCAACAGCUUCCAGUACAAAAUCACUGCCUGAAACUUUACCUCAAGAUGCAAGUUUACCUACUACCAGUGCAUCAGAUGAGUUGGCAGAUGAAACAUCAGGAACUUCAAUAACACCAGAAACUAAUGGUAAUACUCCACUCUUGGCAUCAGAAUGUGGACCACCCCAAGAAGCAAUGGAAAUGUCAGGAGAGAUGAAUCUUGUAGUGGUUCCAGAGCAAACUACUCAAUCUCAUGCACUCGAUGAAUCUGAAAAGGCAGGAAAUAAACUGCCUACGGAUUCAAUACAUUUGACUCCUACGUCUACCAGUACUGAAUGUGCAAGUUCCAAAGCACAACCAUCAGAUCAGCAAUCUGUCAGUAAAGUAUUCCUCCAGCAAGACUCAGUGAAUAACUUGUGUAAUUGUUCAAGUGAGGCUGUACAAACAAUAACCAAAGUUUCAACAUUGAAAUUGCAACCUGCAGAAACUGUUAAUAGUGGUGAGAGGGAAUUAGGAGAUGAUUUGCAGAAAGAAUCAGUUUCCUUGGAAUGCAAGGAGUCUAACCUACAAGUGGAAAUUACUUCUACAUGCCAACUGAACAUAUCAGACCCAGCCAAAGAGAGUUUGUUCAAGCCAAUUCGAACUCGGGAAGUAGACAUUUGUUUCUCUGCAGAUGUUUCUAAAAGGAGAGAAUCUGUGAGUGUAUCACCAAAGAGUGACGCACCGAGGCAGAAAAAGAGAUCCUGGCGAGGCAACAAGGGAAGAAGUGGAACAGAUGAGUCAAAUGUUGAAUCUUUGCCUACACGCAGGAGCACACGCCUUCGUUCAAUAGAGAAAAGGAGAUUAAGUGAAUCACCAAAAGAUUUCGCAGAAACAUCAACAGCAUCUGGAAGAAAACGCCGUUUGUCAUCACAUAACUCAAAUGGAUCCCCACAUAAUGAUGUUUCAGAGCCUGAGGUUAUGAAGAAAAGUGGCAAUCUUGAGUCAGUGAAUGCACCAGAAGAUAGUCCACCACCUGAUGAAAAUGUGAUUUACACACCUCCAGUAAUACAGUGUCAAAAAGAUGAGGAUGCACAGUUAGGAAAGAUAAGAGAUGCAGAAAUGAACAUAUCAACAGUCCCAAGUUGUGAAAUUGUUCAAGAUGUAGCCUGUGAUGUUAAUGCCGCUGUUACUCUGAUGGCUCAGCUGCCUAAUGCAAAUGUUGACAAGUCUGAGUCUGCACAUUUGUCAGACGUUUCACUUGAUAUUAAUGGGUCAUCAGCUAUCACCCAAGAAACCACCAUUACAGACACUAAAUGCUCCAUGAUUCCUGCUAAAGAUGCUGACAUGAUAGAUGCAAGUUCUCCCAGUGUGACCUCUGAUGUCAGUAAGGUCAUUCCUUGUGAUCCUAUAGAUGGAAAGGAGAAAGUCAUUUGUGCAUCUGAGAUAUUGACGACCGAUGUCAGUUUGUCCAGUCAAACCAGUCCUGUAGUAGAGGCAUCCAAAAUAAUUCCAACAUCUAAGCUUGUGACCAAUGAGGCUUAUGUACCAUCACCAUUAAGCCCAGAAGCCAUGACGUCUAUAUGCAGUGCCCCUGUUGCUACCAGUACAAGCUGCAUGUCAACAACUUUAAUUCCAUGUACUGAUAAAGGGGCAAUGGAUACCAGCCAGGGCACUGAAGAGGCAGAUCUCCCAGCAUAUCUUGUAAGGCCAGUAACAGAAGGUGACGAGGACCAUGAUCAGAAAACGGAUCUGGAAGGUAUGGAAUUAAACCAGGAGACCAUCCAAGAAGUUCAUGGAAUCUUGGACAAGGAGAAACAAGGCAGUCUUUUGGUAUUUCCUGACCUUGAUAACUUGAAAAAUCCAUCUGAUCUAGGACAAAAUGCAAACCAGUUGCAGGUUGCUGUGAGCAAAAAUGAUGGAGCAGAGGAUCAUCCAGUGGACGAGGGUUGUUUAAAUAUGCCUGCUGUAGUCAACAAAGAUGAGGUGAUGGAUUCAAUUCCUCAUAGACCAAUGGACAUUAGUCAUGUUCAGGCAGGUAACAUGAGCUCACAAAACCAACAAACGGAAUAUCCAAGAAUUGUAGGCUCAGGCAUUAGACGUCCGGUUUAUAACCACUCGGAAUUUACUCGGGAUGUAUGGGAGGAGAACUUUACAGGUCCUAACAUUCGUGUUGAAAAACAACCACCAUUACGAAAGGAAAAAGUGGAAGUUACUCAGUCUCUUAUUCGAUCAGAACUUCCUGAAAGCAUCUCUAAUAGUGAGCCCAAACAACCUGUGGAUGCUGCAGCGUCUGCACCAUCUGCUGCCCAAGAUACUCUUGUAAGCUUGAAGGAUAUUGAAGAAGGUGAAGUGAUAGAUAGUCAUUCAGAGGAAACCAAAGCAAGCAACAAACAAUCCUGGGGAAUAGUCACAGGAGAUGAGGUCCCCACCUAUGAAGAUAUUCCAGAAAAUUGCUACUUGUCAGAGAGGAAAAAAUCUAAAGCGGGGAAAGAAGCUCGUAGAAUGGUGUGUGACUGCGUAACAUCAAAGAGUGAACGUGCACGUGGAUUUCAUGCAUGUGGGGAAGAUUGCUUGAACCGAUUGCUGAUGAUAGAAUGUACAUCCAGAUGCCCAUGUGGUGACUACUGCACAAACAGGAGGUUCUCAAAACGUCAGUAUGCGAAUGUUGGUGUCUUUUUCGCAGAAAAUAAAGGACAUGGUCUCAAGAGUAAAAAGGACUUAAAACCUCACGAGUUUGUGAUGGAAUACUGCGGGGAAGUGCUGAACUACUCUGAGUUCAAGUCACGUGUGAAACUAUACAACAAGGAUGAACAGUGCCAUUUCUACUUCAUGGCGCUCAAAGCAGAUGAGAUAAUCGAUGCCACGAUGAAAGGCAACAUGUCUCGAUUCAUCAACCACAGCUGUGACCCCAACUGUGAAACUCAGAAGUGGACUGUCAAUGGUCAACUUCGUGUUGGAUUUUUCACCAAGAAGUGGAUAGCAGCAGGAACAGAAUUGACAUUUGACUACCAGUUUGAGCAGUAUGGUGAGAAUGCUCAGAAGUGUCUGUGUGGUUCUGCAAAUUGCCGUGGCUUCAUUGGCAAGCCCAAACGAACAACUAAAGCAGCAACUGGCAAGGACUUGACACCUAAGAGGAAAGAAAGUUUGGAUCGCAGACGUAAGGAAAGCUUUGAAGAUGCCUCGUUGGAUGAUGAGAUUGAGCAGCUAUGCUAUGAACUGGAUGGAAGAGGCCUGAGGACCAAUGAUCAAACAUUAACGCUUGCUAGACACAUGGUGCUGGCUGAAACAACACCACUUAGACUACAACUUCUCAAGAUAUUAGAGGAUACUUCAAAUGAGACAUGCUUAAAACACUUCCUGACUCAUCAUGGUUUGAAACUGUUAUGGAGUUGGAUGGUAGACAUUGGGGAUAAACCUGAGCUGGAGUUGAAAAUGGAGAUCCUCAACACCCUUGUGAAGUUACCCAUACCACACAAGAAUGCUUUGGAGGACAGCAAGAUUUUCUCAAUGGUAGAAAGAUGGUCCAAGGUUCGACAUAUCUGUAAAGCAGACACUGAGGUCGAAGACUCCAGUGCUAGUGAGACUCCCUCUCGUUGUGCAACACCUGUCCCUGUCACGGUUGCCAGUCGCAGCACACCUACUGAGUUGGCUAAAUUGACUGACAAUCAGAAUACUGAGAGUGAUGGAGGUGUUGACAAGGCUAACCUCAAACAAUCUGUUCUAGUUGAGAUGACUGAGACUGCUUCAGCAUCACCUGUACCGUGUGAGAAGAGUGCGAAUGGAGAUUCAGAGAUUGAUCAGAAAACUGAAGUUGAUAGUAGUACUCCUAACAUUGAGAAUAUGGAUACAUGUACAUCGCACAGUGUCCUUAAAUCACCUGUUUGUUCAGAAUCUUCAAAUGUGACCCAGUCUGAAAUUGUUAGCCAGUCCGUGGAGUCUGUGGAGAUGAAAGCUGUGGUUGCCAGCAAUGACUUGAAGCCAUUCAGUGUUCCAGCAGCACAACCAGACUCAGUCAUCACAUCAGUAUCCAAUCCAGAUUCAGAUACAAUCACUGAUGUUAAGGCCUCUUUUCCUGAAGACGACAAGGCAUCACAGAUAGUUGCUGACUCUGACACAAUGACUGAAACCAGAAAUACCUCAUUAGACACACCUGUGGAGCCAGAUGUUGUGGAAGAAGGAGAGCUGCCCGCUGAACAAGCCAAUCUGAAGUCUGAAGUGAAGGAGACAAGAUCAAUCAGCUCUAAGCAGGAUAUUGGAUCAGAUUCGGAUGUGGCAGAUGCUGGUACUAAAGUUGAUAAAACAUCAGGAAUUGCAUCGAUGGCUGGAAAGUUAUUGGAAUCUUGGAGUUCACUCAAGGAAAUUUACAGGAUACCUAAAAACAGAGAUCGUGAACGAGAUCGAGAUUUCUCGGAGAGAGAUCGAGAUAGAGACCGGGAUAGAGGUUAUGAUAGAGACAGACGAUACAGCCGGGACAGGGAGCGUGACAGAGACUAUGAUAGAGACAGAGAUAGAGACAGAGAUAGACAUCGUGAUAGAGAUAGCAGAAGAGAACGUAGUCGGGAACGUGACAGAUACCGUGAUAGAGACAAAGAUAGGAAACGAAGCUGGGAUAGGAGAGAAGACAGGAAGAGACGUAGUCGUUCAGCCAGCAAAGAAAAAGAGGAGAAAAACUCGACUCAGUCUACAGAGAAAAAAGAUACAGACACUUCCAAAAGUACUCUUCCAAAACUUAGGAAGCCAUGGAAGACUGAGACAGCAACUACAAACAAAGAAGGGCAAGUGAAACAGGCAAAGGCUGAUAAACCAGGGCUGUCUAAAGAGGAAAGGAGGCAACGAUUUGAAAAACAAGUGGAGCAAGCAGACAUGGAGGAAGAGCUUCGCAAACAACAAGAAGAGGAAUUCCUAAGUCAGCACCCGCAUUUCAUAGAUGAGGAAGGACGGAUUCAGUUUGUGGAUGCAAAUGGCUUUCCAAUUCCACCUCCAUUUGAUGGGGAUCAUCCUAUGAUGCACAUGAUGCAUCCUAAUCAGGGAGUCCCAAUGGAACAUGGCGGUAUGCUACCAGAUGGAGUUUUCCCACACCACAUGAACCCAAAUGCUGGUUAUAAUGAGAUGAUGCCACAUCCUCAUGAGAUGGUACCAUUUGAUGAGAAUGGAAUGCCCAUACCAGUGCAUGGACAGCCAAUGUUUGAGAACAUGCAGCCAGAUAUAGGCUUACCACAGGAGCCACUUAUGCAUCAUCCACAUGGAUUGGAGGGUCCACCACAUGUAAUGCCUGCUGAGGGGAUGCAUGCCAUGCCAGACCACGACCCUCAGGGUUGGGAAACAAACCCAUCUCAAGGCCAUCCUCAACCUCAUCCAGUACUACCACAGCCUCAGUUCAGGGUCCCUGCUCCCCCAGGCCCUCACCCUAGUCACAUACCUGUAGUCCCUGCAGCACCUCGGCCAAAUUAUGUGGUACCUCAACAACCUCACUCUCAGCUUCAGCAGGUACAACCAGCUCCACAGAUUGCAGCACAGCCGCAUGUUAUUCAGCAGCAGGUGGUACAACCACAGCCUCAGCCUACUGCCCCUGCACAAACGGUGACCUUUGUGACCCCUGAUGGAAUGCUUGUUACUCAGACCAUUAUGCCACUCAACACAGAAAGUAAUGUCCAGACGAACAUCCAACAGGCACAGCAAAUUCAGCAGCACUUAAACCAAGGCAUGCCUUCUCAAGGGAUUCCAUCCCCACCUUCCAAGCCUAAGACCCAACAGUUGCCUCCUAAUUGGAGAACAGCAAGAGACCAGGAAGGCAAGGUCUACUACUAUCAUGCCAUCACAAGACAAACUCAAUGGGACAUGCCUAGCUGGGAUGGUAAUGCCCCUGUGCCUGGUGGUCCUGAGACAGACAUGGACCUUGGCACUCCUACCUAUGAUGAGAAAUCCAAGAAACGUACAACUACUGCUGCAGCAGAUACAUCCAGUGAGCUGGCAAAGAGAUGCAAACUGCAAUUCAGGUCUAAGAUGUCUCAUUACGUGAUAAGCUGCUUGAACACUUAUCGUAAACCAGAUUGUAAGGUGGGAAGAAUUACAAACACAGAGGACUUCAAACACUUGGCACGCAAGCUGACGCAUGGCAUCAUGGACAAAGAGUUGAAACACUGCAAGAAUUUUGAGGACUUGGAAGUCAACUCUAAUGUCAAGCACAAAGCCAAAGAAUACAUCAAGAAAUAUAUGACCCAUGUUGGACCAGUCUACCAUAAAGAUGAUUAGGAGUCUGCUAAUGCAAGCUGGUUUUGCUGCUGGCUGUUCAACUGAGCUGAAUUCUUGUUUGUCUUUUUAUUUGUUGCAAGAAGUCAGUCUCCUAGUUGCCAUUGGAAGAGAUAAAAGAUACAUGUAACGAUGGACUAGGAGACAAACAAAUUCACACUAAUAAUAAUUCAGCUUACUUAUUUUGUUGAUCAAUUUAGUAUUGAUGGAGCUUGAUUUUUUUAAUUUGUCAAAGUUAUUUAUUGUACAUUGUAUGAAGCAUUCUCGACAAAAUUUGGUGAUAGGCUUUCUGAAUGAAGCAUGUACUCUGAACUGCCUCUUGACUGAACAUAUUACAUGUACAUAGUUAGUCCUGCCAACUGUGUGCGGUCAUGGUUUGUCCUUUGGAAAAAUCUGAAAAUUACAAAACUUUAUAUAGCGCCUGAUUUGGCUAAAUUGUCCUUUAUUUAUUUUACAUAAAGACGGGAGGGGAAUCUGUCAGAUUUAAAAAAAAAAAUUCUGAUCUGAUUUACCCAUUACGUGCUAAGCAUAAUGCAUUUUUGUGUCGCCUAAAUGAACUUUUGGGAGACACCAGUCCUAUAUUCUGUAUGACUAUGACCGUAGACCCGUAUGACCCUAGACCUGUAUCUUAAAGUUUUGAAAGAAAAUAAUAACUUCUACAUGCUUUCAUGGAUUUGGAAGAAACUUGGAUGCAGUGACCCUUGGGUUGGAAGACACAGUUCUUCAUGGGAUUACUGAGGUAAAAGCUCAGGUAGGGGUCAUUAGAGGUCAUUUGAGGUCGUCGUUUAAAAAUGCACAAAACAAGUCUUGUUAGCUGAUUUCUUGCACAUGUUUUGACAAGUUUUUUUCCUAUUUCUGGACAUAACAUUUUGCAAAAAAAAUAUCAAUUUUGUGAAUGGAGGGUUGCAUAGAUUUUGAACUUGAUCAUUUAAAAUGUGUGCAGGAACAAGUACUUAUUCAUGGAUUUUAGCCUGAAUUAUUCUAAACCCAUCCGUUGUCUUUUUUUAGCUGAUCUGCAGCUGUUUCUUAGAAUUGUACAAUACACUCGUCAUUCUCAGACCAUAUCAUAAACCAAGUGAGUAGUCCCAUGAUGAUUAUUUACAACUACAGUUGUAUCACUGGUUUCUUUACACAAGAGUGCACUCUGGCAUGUAGUUCCCAAUUUCACUUGUCAUUUAUCCAGUACAUCUACACUUACAGUUUUGGCUCUGCUGCUGGGUGGUUUUAGAUCGUAACAUUAAAUAUUAGCAGUGACUGCAGACAGUAUUAGUUGUGAACUUCGAGUGGAUGGUUUCCUUCAACCAUAGUAAAGACAGGGUUUCCUUAAGCUAUGGUCAUCGAGGUGCAACAUGACAGAUUGAAAGCAAUCAGUGCACACAAAUCUUAACAAAAACACAUGAGCUGUUAAAUGGCAUGUUUGCUGUAUUGAAUUGGGAAAUGUUUCUUAAACAUUGUUUCCUCACAGAACAGUCUUUUUCUUCCCCAUAAGCUUAUUUAUGCAAAUAUGUAAGGACACACAAUCCAGGAUUUUGAUUUUUUUCUUUUUAAUGUAAUUUUUGGAUCCUGAAGAAAUGGGGAAUCUUGUACUGGGCAAAAAUUAAAAAGAAGUAGUUUUCGGCAGAGGACUGUAACUCGGGAUUAGAAUCACUUGCAAUAGUUAAUAUCCAAUAUAAUCCAGCCAUAAAAUUACGAUCACCUAGUUGACCUUGACCAUAUUAUGUUAUAUAUUAUUCAUAUCCAUUGCUGCAUCCCCUUUCCAUUGCAAACAUACGCUUAAAACCCUGUGCAUUGUAAAAAAAUACAUCGAGAAAGUAAUUAAGUAACCCGGGAUGUCUUGCAUAUUCUCAAAGAAUACUACUCAACAGUUCAAAUAUCAUUCUUGAUUGUGUUUAAUCAGAAGAAUGAAGUAUAUAUGUAUAACAGAGAUGUAAUGUGUUUAUGAUAAAGAGUGUAGUAUUUGUCUUGAAAUUAUAAAGACCUUGGAUAAAAGAGAAGCGUGUAGUCUUUAAUCAGCAGCUUAUGAGUUGCAACCAAGGUUUCUUGUGGACAUGGCGAGGUUUUUUGGGGGGUUACAGUGUAUCUGCAACAGCAUGAAGUGUUUUGCCCUCGGCACCCCAUCUUCCCUCUAUAUACUGUUGUAUGCUACUUGGGGUCUUGUUGUAGUUCAGUACUAAAGAUACAUUACUCAGUUCUUUUAAUUUAAGUCUUUGCAAAAUACCAUUAUAUUAGAAUAACAUUACACGGGAAUGUAGUUAAACCACGUUCACUUAUAAUAAUGUAUCAACUCUGUACAACAUGCCAUGUCUAAAUCUUUUGCGCUAUGCGUAAUGUUCGGCUAUGUAACACAUCUUAGAGCCAUGUUAAUUUCUGGGUAUAUUUCUGCUAUAUGCAAGUCAUGGCUACUUCCUCCUGUAUUCAAUUGGUCGUGUGGCGCAAAUAAUUAUACCUUUUCUCUUAGAAUUCGGCUAAUUGGAUCGGAGGUGUAAAUAUAUGUAAAUCUGUAAUAAUAGAAGUGUAUGUGGUGAAACUUUUUUUUAAUUGCCUUUUGCUUUGAUUUAAAUAGAUUUAGUUUUUUUACGAGUGUUUCACGAAGCUUAUGUUUACUUGUGUAGAGUAUGUUUAUGAGUUAUUUCAACAAUUCUCGUUGGCAUAUACAUGUACAUGUCAAUGAAUAAAGUCGUUCGCGACAUGAUUUGUAUGGUACAAUAUUAA